CCAUGACCUGGGACGGACUGCCCACACAGCCGCUGUUGAUGCUGUUAAUGCUGUUGUUCGCUGCGGGCUCCGAGUCCGCCUUAGCGGGGUGCCCGGGCUGCGGGCCGGGGGUGCAGGAGGAAGACGCGGGGUCGCCUGCAGACGGCUGUGCAGAGACCGGAGGCUGUUUCAGGAGAGAGGGGCAACCGUGCGGGGUCUACAUCCCUAAGUGCGCCCCAGGACUGCAGUGCCAACCCCGAGAGAACGAAGAGACACCUUUGCGGGCGCUGCUGAUCGGCCAGGGCCGCUGUCAACGCGCCAGAGGGCCGUCGGAAGAGACUACCAAGGAGAGCAAACCCCAUGGAGGCGCCUCCCGCCCACGUGACAGAGACCGGCAAAAGAAUCCACGGACCUCGGCUGCCCCUAUAAGGCCCAGUCCUGUUCAAGAUGGUGAAAUGGGCCCCUGCCGCAGACACUUGGAUUCAGUACUGCAGCAGCUCCAGACUGAGGUCUUCAGAGGCGGAGCAAAUGGGCUCUAUGUGCCAAACUGUGACCUCAGAGGUUUCUACCGCAAGCAGCAGUGUCGUUCCUCGCAGGGGAAUCGCCGUGGUCCCUGCUGGUGUGUGGAUCCGAUGGGCCAGCCUUUGCCAGUGUCUCCAGAUGGCCAGGGAAGCUCUCAGUGCUCUGCCAGGAGCAGCGGGUGAAACCUGGUGGGAGCCUCCAGGACCCUGGCAGGAGCAUGGGGCUGUCAUUUGAGCUCUAUGUGAAGUGAUGAUAACUCUGUGCCCCGAGAUGAGACCCACCUUCAAGCCCUACCCCAUUGUCCCUGUCACCCCUGGGCCUUUACACAGCAAGUUAGAAAGAUUGUUGUUGGCUUGUGUACUAAUAAA